AUGUCUACGAAAGCCAGAAUCAAGACGUUCUUCGGUCCCACCCGCCAGUACGCGGUGGCCGGUGCAUCCAACAACCCCAGCAAGUUCGGGUUCAAGGUGUUGCUGUGGUACGUGAGCCACGGCUUGUCCUCCAUUCCUAUCAACCCCCGAGAAAAGGAGAUUUUGGGGCAGCCAGUGGUAGGAUCCGUUCGCCUGGUGUUGAAUGCCGUCAACGAGCACCAAGAUGUGGAAAGCUACAAGUUAUCCAAGGUGGAUGGCGUGAGUAUCUCGUUCUUGACACCCCCCAACAUUACCGUGGCUACCUUGAAGGAAAUAGCCACGGUUUCUGGGUACAAAGAUAUCGUCAAGGGCUUGUGGUUGCAGCCAGGAAGCUACGACGAGGCAGUGUUGGAUUUGGUGGACCAAAUCGGCUUGGAAGGGGUGGUGAUUCAUCAGGACGAGUGUAUUUUGGUGAGAGGCGAAGAAGGUAUGUAUAGUGCAAAUUUGUAA